UCCUACGGCUGCACUCACGUUGAUUCUUACCUUGAGAGCUAGAUUGGUUUGAAUGAAUUCGCUGUUUAGUAUAUCGAAUGAAAAUUUAGAUGUUCCGCAGUUUAGCUUCUUAAUUUCAUUUGUUGUUGUUGCGAAGUUGUUAUGAGUAGCCCAAACCCUAACCCUGAGAGGUUAGACCCAGGAGGUAAGAGCCAGACCCCAGCCAUUGUAAAGGAAGAUUGUGUCUACACCAGCUGUUAUUGUGAAGAAAAUAUAUGGAAACUUUGUGAAUACAUAAAGAACAGAAGACAACAUCCUCUGGAAGAAUGGUAUACUGUUUUCAUAUCAAACGACCAAAAGAUGGUGCCCAUCUGGAGUCAAAAGUCUGGCAGUGGAGAUCAGCCUGUAAUCUGGGAUUACCAUGUUAUCCUACUUCAUGAUUGUGGAGGACAGCACUGUGAGAUCUAUGACCUGGAUACAACACUUCCAUUUCCAUGUCCUUUUGAUACUUACGUGAAAGAAGCCUUCAGAUCUGAAGAUCUCAUCAGACCAGCUUUUAGAAGAAAAAUGAGAGUGCUACGAGCAGAUUUGUACCUGAAGACAUUUGCUUCAGAUCGAUCUCAUAUGAAAGAUGUUAAUGGAAUGUGGCGCAUGACUCCUCCACCAUAUCCUUGUAUUCAAACGUCAGAGUCAAAGAUGAACUUGGAUGAUUUUAUCAGUAUGACUCCUACCAUUGGAUGGGGUGAUGUCUAUACCUUUCCAGAAUUUGUCCAACAAUUUGGAAGUUCAAAAUUAUAAUAUUUGAAAGAAAAAAUCUUCAAAGAUUCCAGUUUUUUAGACCUUGCCCUGUGAGAAGACUGCAUAAGAGAGACAUUAAUAUUCCUCCAAAAAGCAGCAUCUUUGGUGUUUGAAGUUUCCAAAAUCCUCAAAAUGGACAGUAAAGAGUACGAGCAAUGACAAAAAAUGGAGCUGAGUGAGAGGUGGAUACAAAAGAAAAUCAAAUUCAAACUUGAUACUGGAAAUGGUGAUUCUGUCGACCUCACAAAUCAGAAACAUUGCUCAAGAAUGAAUCCCGAACAUAAGAAGGAGAGAAUGUAGUGAACUGUUUGAAAUAGAUACAGGCUUUAUCUUUAUCCGUUGAGCACAUUAUUGUGCAGACUGUUCCUUCUUUCUUUAAUAUCGCAAGAGUAAAGAACACCAAUAAUAUCUGAUGAUUGUGGAAUCCUGCAAAAUGUUGUUAAUCCACAAAG